GCCCUUAUCUGUCACAUGCUAAAUUUCUCCCUUCUAGCACUGGUCUUCACAUCCUCAUCCACAGCUUCACCUCUUUAUUUUAUGUUUCUUCAUUCACUUCAUCCCAUCACUUGACCAGAUGAUCAGCUCAGUGUAAGUAUGAGGCACACAGAAACAACCACAUCCUGACCCACUUGUCACCAUGAGGGCCAUCCUAGUUCUGACUUUAUUCAUGUUCAUUCUCCUGAUUCCUGCAUCUUCUGGUGUUAAUCAAACACAGAACAGCCUCACCACUUCUCUCCCAAACAACAUGACAGCAUCUGCUGAAGCUCAAGAUAAUAAACAUUCUACAUCUGACAGGACUACUAUGACAUCAGCAUCACCACCGUCAUCAUCUAAAGUGCCAUCACACAGUGCCAUCACAGCAACUAACCAACUUUCCACCACAAUCGCAAACCUUGCCUCUAAGUCCAGCAACAGCAACAAGUUAUUGAUUUUUGUCAUUUUGUUGGCCAUCUUGGUAUUGGUGCUCUUCAUGGGAUGCCUCUAUAACAUGAGGGACCAGCAUUCAGGACAGGACAGGUCUGUCCCCAGGCUCCUACUGAGUGUGAGGGAGAGACUGAGGGCAGGAAUCGGUAACCUGGAGGACCGAAUAGGACUUCGCCUCUGGCCAGGAUGGAAGAGAGGAGAGGAGGAGGAUGAAGAGAUAGAAGGAAUACAGGGAGAAGGAGCACAGAGGAGAGACAACGGGGGAGAAGGAGGUAGUCAUAGGGCAGUUCCUCGCCUGACUGUAAGGUCUUAUCCCAUUUCCAAGGAAAAGGGGGAAUACAGUGACGAAGACAGUGAGGAAGACAGUGAUUCUUCAGACGACUACUCCAGUAUGGAGGGGGACAACCUGAGAGAGAGGGCGCUCAGCAGAAAAGAGGAAGAGGAGAGGCAGCAGAAUGCGAACGAGGAAGGGGAGGAAACAAGUAGUGCAAGUGAGGGAGGUCAAAAUGCUGUGGUAGGAGAGAGCAAUGGAGAUAAAAAAGGAAGCUCAGAAGAGAUGGCAUUAGUUGGCUCUCUGAAGGAGGAUGUCAAAAAAGGUGAUUUAUGUGAUGUCACUGUCCUGUAGUGAAGCAUCAUUGAAAGGAUGCCAGGAUUGUAAGUGAGUGAAAUCGUUGAUCAGGGAUCAGAUUUAGAAGGAGAAGGAACGUGAUCAAAUGUGUGAUAAAUGUAUGGUUCAUUGAAGGUUA